CGCAUGCUCAGCUCGCGGGCCCUCCGCGUCGCCCGGCUCGGGAGGCGCCGGAAGCACCGGGAGCCGCCGCAUGGCGCAGGCGGGGAGCGCCGGUCGGGGGGCCGAGGGGCAGAAGGCCGCGGGCGCGGCCCCGGGGUGCGCGCUUUGGCGCUGGAUCCCCGGGCUGCUGUGGCUGGCGGUGGCCGCGGGCGGGCCCUCCCAGCGCCGGUGGCCCGUGCCCUACAAACGCUUUUCCUUCCGCCCAGAACCAGAUCCUUAUUGUCAAGCUAAAUACACUUUCUGUCCAACGGGCUCACCUUUCCCAUUUAUGAAAGGUGAUGAUGUCAUUGAAGUCUUUCGGUUACAAGCCCCCGUAUGGGAAUUUAAAUACGGAAACCUCCUGGGACACCUGAAAAUUAUGCACGAUGCCAUUGGAUUCAAGAGUACUUUAACUGGCAAGAACUACACAAUGGAAUGGUACGAACUUUUCCAACUUGGAAAUUGCACAUUUCCCCAUCUCCGACCUGAAAUGAAUGCCCCUUUCUGGUGUAAUCAAGGAGCUGCAUGCUUUUUUGAAGGAAUUGAUGAUAUUCACUGGAAGGAAAAUGGGACAUUAGUUCAAGUAGCAACUAUAUCAGGAAAUACAUUUAACAAAAUGGCAAAGUGGGUAAAACGGGACAAUGAAACAGGGAUUUAUUACGAGACAUGGACCGUCCAGGCCAGCCCAGAAAAGGGGGCGGAGACAUGGUUUGAAUCCUACGACUGUUCCAAAUUCGUGUUGAGGACAUAUAACAAGUUGGCUGAACUUGGAGCCGAGUUCAAGAAGAUAGAAACCAACUACACCAGAAUAUUUCUUUACAGUGGAGAACCUACUUAUUUGGGAAAUGAAACGUCUAUUUUUGGGCCAACAGGAAAUAUGACUCUUGCUUUAGCCAUAAAAAGGUUUUAUUACCCCUUCAAACCACAUUCAUCAACUAAAGAAUUUAUGUUUAGUCUCUUGCAGAUUUUUGAUGCAGUGAUUAUACACAGACAGUUCUAUUUGUUUUAUAAUUUUGAAUAUUGGUUUUUACCUAUGAAAUUCCCUUUUAUUAAAAUAACAUAUGAAGAAAUCCCUUUACCUAACAGAAACAAAACACUCCCUGGUUUAUAAAACUUUAAUUCUUCUGCUUUUUUUUUUUUCUCCUGUCACCAGCAUAUGUUUUUCAGGUAGUGUUUUUCAUUCGUGGAUUUCUUAGGCCCUUCUUCUUGGAGCAGAAAGGUAGAAUGCACCUGGGCAGAACUGCAGCAUAGCAUCUCAGGACUUUUUUUGGAGAGGAGCUGAAACUCUCAAAUGGCAUUAGCCUAAGUGAGCCUGUUAGGUGAUCUUGAUUUCAAACUCCAAGACUUUGUUAAAAUGAAUUACAGUUCAUAUCAGAUACAUAGGACCUUUGGACCCCAUCUUUUUAAAUUGUGGAUAUGGUAUGCCAAGAUUUUAAAAAAUACCCUCAGUGACAUUUUCAUGGUGAGGGCUACUUUUUUCUGGCAGUUACAGUUUUUCCUUUAAGUACUUUUUGGUGGUUUAGACAGACUUUGCAACUUUUGUAACUGGGGACCAUUCUAGUGGUUGAUUCUGUUCUUUUACUUAAAGACUAAUUUGGACACUGUGGCUGGAGUGGUUUUGCUUCCAGAGGUGGUAAAAACAGUGUUAAAGAGCACAAGUUUCUAGCUAGCAUUUUAGAACUAGCCAGUAACUGGCAUUUUGUGAUGCAGGCAGCUUAGCAUUUCUGAACCUUAUCUCUGAGAUGAGUCCUCUUUUAGGAUUGUUGUAAAAAUUGAAGCUAUGUAUGUCUGGCAUAGGAAAGUUACAGAAAAUGGUAGCUAUAGUGAUGAAUCAAAGCACAUACCACUGUCCUUGAUCUGGCUAAAUGUAGUUUACAUGCCAACCUUUCCUGGGUUUUACAGUAAUAAUCUAAACUUUGAGCUGACAGCUUUAAUGCUUCUGCAGUUGUUCAAGCACAUGGGACACAGAAGUACCUGACUGCAGACAUGUCUGGGUGAAUAGGCACCCUCUGACAGACUUCUUUACUGCUUUGUGUAGUCCUUCACCCGGCAGAGAUCCCAGUUUGGUAGGAGGGUAUACUUCUCAGAGGACAGAUCUCCCAAGUAGCGGGGCUUCCAUUUAGUGCCAUCAGACAAGGUUUCAGGGUCCUUUAAAUGUCUGAUGACCAACUGAACACUGUCUAUUCAUGGAAAAAAGGCCAGUUAGUAAGAUGAUGAAGCAGAGACCAUCCGUUUUAAUAUGUAAAUUAUGUCCUUCAGUUUCUACUAACAUUUGAGUGCCUCCUGAGAGAGGUUAGUACAUUACCAUUGAGUUCUCCUACAAAGCCUAACCACAGGUAUUAUUUACCUGAUCAAAUGAGUAAAUUGGAGCUUAGAAAGUCUAAAUGACCUUUCCAGGGCUACCCUGCUAAUGGUACUGGAACCACAUUUUGAACCAGUUCUGCUGACUGGAUGGGAAACAUGAUCCCAUCCAAGGACCCACUGGAUGGUUUCCAGUGGCAAGGUUUCAUUGUCAAAAUGAAGUCCUCAGACCAAUGCCUGCACCAUAAGUUACUACUAAAACCACAGGUUACUGGUCAAGCAUAGAUAUUGAUGGGAAACUUCUUUUAAAGUAAUCUUGUCUUUGUUGACUCUAAUAAAAAAAAAAGGGGCUUGUAAUUUUGUAGGUCUUUGUUUCAUUUGUCAAAGAAUUCAUUUUUAUUGUCUUUUUUAAAACUACAGGCACCACAACAGUCUAAAAAUAAAAGCCCAACCCUUUACCACAGAUAGCUUGAGAAGCACUGGAUUAUUCUGCCUACUGCACAGAGGCAAAGUCAUGCUGAAAUACAUAGGGAGAACUUUACGUCACUGCCUACCAUUUAGCCUUUGUAUUCCUGGUAAUAGUGUAAAGACUCCUACUUAAUUUUGCCUUUUAACUUGCUGGUUGUCUUCAGAAUGUCAACAAACUUGGAUCUUUGCGUUAUCACCACCUAGUGGCUGAAAUCAGGCAAUGCCAACUUCUGGAUUCUUGAGAAAACUGAUCUGGGAAAAUAGAAUUUUGGAUUUUCUAGAACUGCAUUGGGGUAACAUGCAAAAACUCUUGUGCUAACUAUAAAGCACAGGACUUGGUUCUGUAGCAAAGGCAAAUGAGGAUACCUGGACAUGGAACCUGAGUUUUAAAGCAAGGUUCUAAACAGUUACAUUAAAUUCAAGAUUUUUCAGUUCCUAUGAAUAUUAACAACUGGAGACAUUUUGUGAAAUAGGUAGACUCAGGUAACUAGAGCAUAGAGAGCAUAAAAUUCAUAUUAGUUCUUCUUAAGAUUUUAUCAAACUUGUCAACUGUACUUACAAGGUGAAGCAGGGCUUUUGGAGUAGAGAUGAUUCAAGAACAUGCUUUCAAAACGGUAGUUGAGAAACCAAAAUAUGGCCAGGCGGGAAUUUGCCAAUUCUACCAUGUAACUUAAAUGUGAUUUCUAUUUUUCUGUUAAGUUACAAAUGUAUAAAAUUUAUUGCUAAAAAACCAUUCUGUUGGAAGUUUGGGCAUUCUGUUGGGCUUUAAAUUAAUAUAUCCUCACUUAACUAAUUCUGGCUAGUAUUAAGUAUACUCAAAGUGCCAUCAAGUAUAAUUUAAUACGUACAUACAGGAACACAGUCAAAAGGUUAAAACUGCUAAACAUUAAAUAUUUGGAAACUUCAA